AUGCCGCAAUCAGUCAAUACCGAAGUGCAAAUACAAAAAUUUACAGGACAUCUUGAAAAUUUAAAUCCACAACAAACAGAAAUAUUAGAACAGUUUCGGCAAGAACUUAAAGAUGAAGGUGUGUUUGAUGAGAAGCGACAUGAUGAUGCUUAUUUACUCAGGUUUUUAAGAGCAAGAAAAUUCGAUUUGAUUAAAACCAAAAAAAUGUUUAUCGACUGUGAGAACUGGAGAAAAGAAUUUGGUGUUGAUGAGUUGGUCAGGACAUUUGAUUAUAAGGAACGUGAAGAAGUGAUGAAACAUUAUCCAAGAUAUUAUCACAAAACUGAUAACGAUGGUCGUCCUAUUUAUAUUGAAGAAAUUGGUAGAGUUGAUAUCAAAUCUUUAUAUCAAGUUACCACAAUUGAACGACAGAUUCAAAAUUUGGUGGUCGAGUAUGAGAGACUUGCUGAUAUUAGACUACCAGCUUGUUCAUUUAAACAUGGUAAACUUAUUGAGACAACAUGUACAAUUUUGGAUCUUAAAGGUGUUUCUAUUCGAUCAUUCUCUAAUGUUUUCGGAUUUGUGAAACAAGCAUCUAACAUUGGUCAAAAUUAUUAUCCUGAACGUAUGGGUAAAUUUUAUAUUAUUAAUGCUCCAAUGCUCUUCUCUUCUGUUUGGAGUUUAGUAAAACCAUUGCUUGAUGAGGUUACAACUGCCAAGAUUAUAAUUUUAAAUAGCAAGUAUCAACAAACUUUAUUGGAAAACAUUCCAGCUGAAAAUUUACCAGUUGCUUUUGGUGGAAAAUGUAAUUGUAAAAAUGGUUGCAAAUUUACUGAUGAUGGUCCUUGGCAAGAAGAAAGUCAACAACUUCUUACUAAUGGUAUAAAUUUUGAAUUAGAAACCUGA